AUGGAGCUCGUCCCCUUCACGCCCGCCGCCGGAGCCGGAGCCCUCGUCGAGGCGGGCGGCGCGGGCUCGAUCCCCGCGAUGGUGGCGGCGCAGCAGGCGACGCUGCACGCGCAGGUGGACCAGCUCCAGCGCCUCGUCGUCGCCCAGUGCCACCUCACCGGCGUCAACCCGCUCGCCCAGGAGAUGGCUGCUGGUGCAUUGUCUAUCAAGAUAGGUAAAAAACCAAGGGAUCUGUUGAAUCCAAAAGCAGUUAAUUCCAUGCAGUCACUUUUUGCUGUGAAAGAUACUAUUGGCAAAAGAGAAACUCGGGAGAUAAGCGCACUUUGUGGGGUUACUGUUACACAGGUCAGGGAGUUUUUUGCAAGUCAGCGUACGCGAGUAAGAAAAGCUGUCCGUUUGUCACGAGAGAAAGCACUCGAAUUAGAGGCAUCCAAGACGCCUAACAGUGUAUGCUCCAUGAGCAGUGAGCAGACACCUCUUGACAUUGAGACACAUGCUCAAGUUGUUGAACCUUUGAACACUUUAGGACCAGUAGAGAUGUUGCAAAGCUCUUCUCAACAAGCAGACAGCCUGCAGAAUUCUCUACAACCAGCAGAGGCCCCGCAGAAUUCUUUACAACAAGCAGAGGCCCAGCAGAACACUGCAACCCCAACCUCAACCCCAACACCUGUCACCCCUAUGGAAACAGCCGAACCAACGGAUGCUAAGAUUAAUCCAGGCUCUGUUCAAAAGGAAACUAAACAAGAGGAAGUUGCACCAGGUGUUGAGUCAGAAGAUAAAAAGUUCUUGGAUAGUAUCUUUGCCCUAAUGCGGAAGGAGGAAACAUUUUCGGGACAGGUCAAGUUGAUGCAAUGGAUUCUUCAAAUAAAUAAUGCGACGAUUCUUAGUUGGUUCUUAACAAUGGGUGGUUUGACUAUUGUGUCAACAUGGCUGAGCGAAGCAGCUACUGAAGAGCAAACAACCGUUAUUCUCGUCAUUUUCAAGGUGCUUCUUCACCUUCCACUAUAUAAAGCUUUGCCAGUCCACAUGUCAGCUGUUCUGCAAGCUGUUAACAGAUUGCGGUUUUAUAGGACACAAGACAUAUCCAGCAGGGCCAGGAACUUGCUCUCCAGAUUGAGCAAAGUGCUCAUACGGAGUCAAGCGUCGAAGAAACCUCAAAAAGAUUUAAUUUGUAAACAAAGGAUAAGUGAGAUUCUCCGUGAUGACUCCUGGAGAUCUGAAGUUGAUAUUACUGAGGAGAUCCUUGCCUUGACUGAAGGUGCAAGUGAGAGCAGAAAGCCUGAGUCCAAGAAAACUCCAUUGCUGCUCACAGCUUCUGCCGAUGAUUCAUUUAAAAACAGUCCUGUGAAGCCAAAGUCCAAAGAGAAAAGAAAACUUCUACUUGUAGAGCAUCCAAAUCGGAAAGUUACCGGGAAGAAUGUUCAAUCUGCUAGGAGCUUAUCUACAAAUAAUAGCAGACCAUUAUCCGCAGAUGAUAUCCAAAAAGCAAAGAUGCGUGCCAUGUUUAUGCAGGAGAAGUAUGGCAAGGUUGACAAAAGUAAAGUGACUGAUAAACUAGAGACGACAGAAACUCAAAAACCAUCUGGAUCGGUCAACUCAAAUGUGCCUCCUAUACCUUCAAGUCCCCCCACAUCAACUACUAAACAACCUGUUGACCCAAGCCCAUCAACUCUUAUACAGAAUGGAGUACCUUCGCCUGAUAAGCCAGAAAUCCUGGCGAGUCCAAAGCUAAACUUAGCUGCCAAAGAGAACUCCGUAGUGAAAUUGGAUUCCAAGAGGAUUCGUUGGCAGAUACCACCAGAGGUAUGGAUAGACCCCUCGUGGAGUUUAAGUACUGGGGAAAAUAGCAAGGAGCUUGAUGUUCAAACACAGAGAAAUCGACGUGGGAAGGAGACCUUUUAUGCAAGUCUAAAGGACAUUCCGUUGAACCCCAAGGACCCAUGGGAUUUGGAAAUGGACUUUGAUGACAGCCUGACCCCAGAAAUUCCAAUUGACCAGGCACCAGAUGCUGACGCUAUGGAGUCGGAUAGCGUGGAUGCAGCACCUCCUGACAUUGGCUUUCCUGACGAAAACAAGCAAGUUGGAUCAACCUUGUCAUCAUCUUUGACAGUUCCUGCUGGUGCUAACGGUGCAGCUACUGAGCCAGAUCUUGAGCUGCUUGCAGUGCUGCUCAAGAAUCCACAGCUUGUAUUUGCACUGUCAUCUAACCAGGUGGGGAACCUGCCAAACGAUCAGACUGUCGCGCUUCUGGACAUGCUGAAGCAGACUGGCCUUGGACUUUCGGAGCUGGUAAAUAGUCUGGCUAACGGUGCUAGUGUUCCAAAAGAGCCUGAACCUGGCCCUGAAAUGAUCCCUACUUCACUUCCAUCACCCACUCCUCCAAAAGAUCUUCCAGCAAGUGCGGGCUGGAGAUCUGAAUUCCCAACGCAAGCGAGCGCAGCAAACUUGCCGCAGGCACAUUUAUCCAAUAGAGGAAACACACCUCUGUCCAAUGCAGUGGACAAAAGCUUCUCAAACGUUGUUAGUCUGUUGCCUUCACAACCUUAUACUUCAGUUUCUGCCAUGCCGGCACACAUCCAAAGUAACAUCCCGUCUCUACCUCAGUUGGCGGUCUCGGUAAAUCCGCUAACUCAGCAUGUUGCGCCUGUGAAUAACCUGUUGAACAGAACUCCGGUACAUCAGCAUACCCAGCCAUAUGCUAUGGUUUCUGAUCCCGCUGCAGUGGCCAUCCAUCAGCAGCCAGCUGCAAAUAAACCAGCCCAUGAAUUUCAGAACACCACAAAUCCUGCUCCAGCACAUUCCUUGACGCCUGAUCCAAAUGCAUCUUAUACGACACUCCCCUGGCAAUCUAGUGCUGCUAAUGUUGCCAGCACUGGACGAAGCACAACACCUGAUCCAAAUGCAUCUUAUACGACACUCCCCUGGCAAUCUAGUGCUGCUAAUGUUGCCACCACUGGACGAAGCACAACACCUGAUCCAAAUGCAUCUUAUACGACACUCCCCUGGCAAUCUAGUGCUGCUAAUGUUGCCAGCACUGGACGAAGCACAACACCUGAUCCAUGGGCUGCACGUACAACUAAUUCAUUUAAUGACGCAUCAGCGGCCUAUCUUAACCAGAGUGCAUACAACAACCAAAGCAUGCAGACUACAUACGAUGCUUAUGGUGCUAUGCCAGUCCCAUCCCAAGGACUGGCUAGAAAUGGUUACGCUCAAACUUCGGAGUAUCAGGUGUCGGGUCGUAUAGCUCACCAGCGGCAUUCGCUAUCCCCGGAGCCUGGCGCUGCUAGAGUCUAUGGUGGCACACAAGGGUACAUUCCAGAGCCCUCGAAACUGGGGAAUUAUGGGCAACAAAACUAUAAUUCCGUGGCAUCGAGGGACUGGAGUUCUGGGCAACCUAGCUACACUCCUGCUGAACCAUCAAGGCAACAGAGCUACACUCCCGUGGAGCCUUCAAGGCAACAGAGCUACACACCAGCAGAGCAGCCUUCAAGGCAGUGGAGUUCCGGACAACAGAGCUACGCCCCAGCUGAACCAUCAAGGCAACAAAGCUACACUACUGCAGAGACUUCAAGGCAGUGGAGCUCCGCGCAGCAGAGCUACACUACUGCAGAGACCUCAAGGCAGUGGAGCUCUGCGCAACAGAGCUACACUCCAGCUGAACCUUCGAGGCAGCAGAGCUACACUACAGCUGAACCUUCAAGGCAGUGGACCUCAGGGCAACAGGGCUACACUCCACCUGACCCUUCAAGGCAGUGGAGCUCCGGGCAGCAAAGUUACACGCCCGCCGAUCCUAAGCGGACAUGGAGCACGGCUAACCAGGGCCAAAACCCUGACACAUCAAGGCAAUGGACCACCGGGAAGCAAGAUCAUUACAAUCCGAGCGACGGUCAAAAUGCGUAUGAUCAGCGCCGAAGAAGACGAUGGGAGUGAUUUGUGCAUACAUUAGCUAAUUCUUUGUGAGCUCUCUGAUUGUGAUGUUUGAUUCGUUAAUCCUGGUCUCUCUGAUUGAUGCAGAGGCCAUCUAGAAAAAUAUACAUCAUGUAAUGUAAACAUGUAGUAGCAGCAGGUGGCGAUGGGAGGUAACUAGAAAGAAAGAAGGAAACAUGAAACUAUAGUAGUUAGAUGAUGAUAGGUCUGCAUCAAUGAUAAGCCAAAUUUUCUUUUCA